UUCGAAUUUUAGUUCUUCACGAACUAUAUUUAUAACAAAAAACUUAUUUUGUAGGCAACAAAUGUUAAAACAAGGAAUGUGACAGACACCAAUGUCGAUUUCAAGGUUAAGGUAUGUUGUUUCUGUUUCUGCUUUUGUGCCCAAUUUCACUCAUUUUCAAUUUCCAAAAUUCUCCUUUUCAACACUAAACCCUCAAUUCGAUAAUGUGGAUGCCGUUUCGUUGUUCAAUCGUUUGCUCCAUAAGAAUCCUACCCCACCCACCAUUGAAUUUGAAAAGGUUUUAGGUUCCCUUGUUAAGGUUAAGCAUUACCCCAUUGCUAUUUCCCUUUCUCAACAAAUGGAACUAAGGGGGAUUAAGCCUGAUUUUGUAACUUGCAACCACUUGAUUAAUUGUUUCUGCCAAAUGGGUCAUCUUACUCUUGCUUUUUCUGUAUUGGCAAAGAUUAUCAAAAGGGGUUUUCAUCCAGAUACCAUUACCAUGACUACACUCAUCAAGGGUCUUUGUCUUAAAGGUCAGGUCCAUAAAGCAUUGCACUUUCAUGACAAGGUGGUGGCACAAGGAAUUCAGUUGAACCAAGUUAGUUACGGUACUUUGAUCAAUGGUUUAUGUAAAGUUGGAGAAACAAGAGCAGCUCUGGAGUUGUUGAGACGAAUUGAAGGGAAAUUGGUUCAGCCUAAUGUGGUAAUGUACACAACAAUCAUUAAUAGUCUAUGCAAAUAUAAACUUGUUACUGAUGCAUUUGAUUUGUACACUAAAAUGAUUGCUAAGAAAAUUUCUCCUAGUGUUUACACUUAUAAUGCACUGAUCUAUGGCUUUUGCAUUGUGGGACAAUUGAAAGAAGCAUUUGAUUUGUUAAAUAAAUUGACAUUGGAAAACAUCAACCCGGAUGUGUGUACUUUUAAUAUAUAUCUCAAUGCUUUUUGUAAAGAUGGACAGUUGAAAGAGGCCAAAAAUGUGUUUGCUGUGAUGAUGAAAAAAGACAUAAAACCUAAUAUUUUUACUUACAACUCUUUAAUAAAUGGAUAUUGCCUAGUGAAUGAAGUGAACAAGGCUAAGAAUAUAUUUAAUACUAUGGUCCAAAUGGGAGUGGCUCCUAAUGUUCUCACCUACAGUAUCUUGAUUAAUGGGUUUUGUAAGAUUAAAAUGGUGGAUGAAGCCAUUAAUCUCUUCAAAGAAAUGCAUUGCAGAAAAAUCAUUCCAAAUACGAUAACUUACAAUUCUCUUAUUGAUGGUUUGUGCAAGUCAGGGAGAAUCUUAUAUGCUUUAGAGCUUGUUGAUGAAAUGCAAGAUAGAGGUCAACCACCUAAUAUAAUCACUUACAGUUCUAUAUUGGAUGCUUUAUUGAAACAACAUCAUGUUGACAAGGCAAUUGCAUUAUUAAAAGAUCUUAAAGAUAAGGGUAUUCGACCAGAUAUGUACACGUAUACUAUUCUUAUUGAUGGAUUGUGUAAAGUUGGAAGACUAAAGGAUGCACAAAAGGUUUUUGAAGAUCUUUUGGUCAAAGGCUACAAUCUUGGUAAAGAAAUGCAUUGCAGAAAAAUCAUUCCAAAUACGAGAACUUACAAUUCUCUUAUUGAUGGUUUGUGCAAGUCAGGGAGAAUCUUAUAUGCUUUAGAGCUUGUUAAUGAAAUGCAAGAUAGAGGUCAACCACCUAAUAUAAUCACUUACAGCUCUAUAUUGGAUGCUUUAUUGAAACAACAUCAUGUUGACAAGGCAAUUGCAUUAUUAAAAGAUCUUAAAGAUAAGGGUAUUCAACCAGAUAUGUACACGUAUACUAUUCUUAUUGAUGGAUUGUGUAAAGUUGGAAGACUAAAGGAUGCACAAAAGGUUUUUGAAGAUCUUUUGGUCAAAGGCUACAAUCUUGGUAAAGAAAUGCAUUGCAGAAAAAUCAUUCCAAAUACGAUAACUUACAAUUCUCUUAUUGAUGGUUUGUGCAAGUCAGGGAGAAUCUUAUAUGCUUUAGAGCUUGUUAAUGAAAUGCAAGAUAGAGGUCAACCACCUAAUAUAAUCACUUACAACUCUAUAUUGGAUGCUUUAUUGAAACAACAUCAUGUUGACAAGGCAAUUGCAUUAUUAAAAGAUCUUAAAGAUAAGGGUAUUCAACCAGAUAUGUACACGUAUACUAUUCUUAUUGAUGGAUUGUGUAAAGUUGGAACACUAAAGGAUGCACAAAAGGUUUUUGAAGAUCUUUUGGUCAAAGGCUACAAUCUUGGUGUAUAUACAUAUACCGCUAUGAUCCAAAGGUUAUGUAACAAGGGUUUGUUUGAUGAAGCUUUGUCCAUGUUGUCAAAAAUGAAAGACCAUUGUUGCAAUCCAGAUGCUGCAACUUACAAAAUAGUUAUCCGUUCUCUGUUUGAUAAAGGUGAAAAGGAUAAGGCAGAGAAACUUAUUCAUGAAAUGAUUACGAGAGGUCUACUGUAAGAUUGGAACUAGUUGCAUCGUCUAAUGAGAAGCAAAAUUUUGUUGUUGGUCUGUACUUCAAAAACUGAGAUUGGUGAGUUUCAGAUUGAGGGAAAGUGGUAGAAUAUAAAAAUUAAUGUUGUCUUGGAAAUAUUGUUGGGUUGGGAUUUUAUAAAUUGUACUACAGUUUGUCUAGCCAAUAGCUUUUCUCGAUAGCUAAUAUGUUGCUACUAGACAAUAUAAGAAUCACUAAUUGAUAACCUUCCAUCAUCAUGAACUCUCAUUUUAUCAGAUGAA